AUGGCGGCCAGACUGGAACGGUUUCUGAAUUCGAGCUCCCUAUUCUUUCUCUUCCUUGUCUGCUUCUGCCUCAUCCUCCUCACCCCGGCCGACGCCAUCUACCAAUGCUGGGUGACCAACCGACUCACGGACAUCUUCUUCAUCGCCGGUGCCUACGUCAUCACCUUUAUUCUUGCAAUCCUCAUCUAUGCCACCAGACUCUACACGAAUCGCACCGCAUUGGCAGGGAUUCCAAAGGCGUGGAUCCCCAUUGAGAAAGAAGAUGUCAACAAGAGCGUCAGGCGCAUGGUGAUGGUGGGACUUGCCCGCAGCGCAGUCAUUUCGUACCAAGCUCGUCCGCGCGAUACGUCAGACGAAGGGGAUAGGUUUUUGAACCACAAAGAUCUUCUGGUCGAUCGCGACCACCCGCCAUGGGGCUCUGUCGAGCAUCCCGGCUGGUCAUCACCCGCGUCUCCUGAUCUUCCCAAUCUCCCAUACCGCACAGUCAUCCAGGAACUUCCGAAUUUGAUUGAAGCCAAGGCCGUAUCGAUAGCUCCUGCCGACGAGGCAUUCUCAAAUGCAGCAGACCCAUUCCCAGAUACACGUGUGGUGGAGGCUUUGCAGAGACCCGCUUCAAUGGGUCUCAGACAAUACAUUCGGCAUCUCACAAAUCUGGGCGUCAUCACCUCCCCAGAUCUUGGCGUGGAUUUUCUGGCGCUUUACGAACGCGCGCGCUUCUCAUCACACCAGCUCCACGAGGCGGAAUUUCGAGAUCUCAUGCAUUUGUUCGCUGAGAUCUUGAGAGGCAUCACAUCGCUGGCUCCGCCCGUUCUCGAGGGGAUUCGCGACAGCGCAAGUUAUCAUCGCGCAGAUACCGAGUCGGUCAUUGGACCUUCGGACGAAGAGGGUGAAACAGAUACUGUGGAUCAUUUUGGAUAUGGAGGAACAUUAACACCAAUGCGGAGUAAUAGUCUUCGUCCAUCUAAUGCGUCUACUUGGGAGACCCAGUCGGGCUACGAUACAGCGCCUGCAGCGCAGAGCCCAGAUUCCAGGCUGUCGGUCGGUCGUGGCUCAUCUCGGGGACCACCAGUGAUGCGCACUCCGUCGACCCAAUCUCUGUGGCGUGUGCAAUCUGGUCAAUCUGGUAGCUCUGGCGGCAGUGUGAUCCGCCUGGCGCCAACACAGAAUCCAUCAGAUUUGCCGUAUACCAUUCUGCGCAGGCCAUAG